UCUAUUUUUGACAAACCCAUGUUGACUUUUAGUAAUGAGCCACACAGGUCAAGGACUUAUGCAUAGCACUGGAGAAAAGCAUCCUAGGUACAAAAUAUUGGCAGGUUGUUGGAACAGAAAUAGCUUGGUGUUCCAGAAAAUCAAGAUACACUUUUGUACUUGCUCAUCAGCUUUAGACAUUCAGUUGACUGUCCUAGAGAAUCUUCACAUUAAUACAAUCUUUUGUGACCUCCCAACAUAUUGAAUUAAAUAACAUAGGAACAAUUUAGCACUUUCAUUCACUCUCACAUUUCUGGUCUAGAAACACAUUUCAUCCUUAAAACAUUUGUGUGUGUGUGUGUGUGUGUGUGUGUGUGUGUGAUUGUUGGGUAUUAAAGAGUUGGGGACAUUGAAUUUCAAUAGUACCUAUAGCUGUUUCCAUCCUUAUAUUGGUUAAGAAACAUUUUUAUCUUCUUUGUAAAAGUAAAAACUCCUUCAAGGUUUCACUCAGUGCCUGCCUGGCGAUUUUAAAUGACACAUCCACGGUUUUCUUGGUAUAUAUGGAAGUGUUUCUGGGACUUAUUUAUUUUUUAAACUUCCCAAUAUAAUCUACAUCCCUGCUAUUAUCUAAAGAUCUUCCAUCCACAUAUUAACUAGGCCCAGCUGUGCUUAGCUUGGAUCCAGGGGCUGCAUCAAAAUACAAGGAUAAGCAAGAAGGCAGAAUUAGUUAGGAAUGCAAGAGGAUGGGCAGGUUGUUCAACAGCAAUUUGCUAAACAGAGUAGUGGCAUUAGUGAAGCUGCCCCAGUUAGACUUUAAUUCUCUCAGUUCUUAAAUUUAGAAAGGGGGGAUGGCAAAUCCAAGGAGCACUUGGUUUCUGAGCAUUCAUUUCUAAAGUUGUAAAAAUCCACAAAACUAGUUCUGAGCACUUUGACUCUGAAAAGAAAGUUGUAGUUGGGGAAGGAUAAAAUAUUCUUACUUUCCUCUUCUCUAAGACUUCCUAAUCUCCACCGUCCACAAGCAGAUACAAUUCACUGUAAAUUCUUCCAUGAACAUUCGUUUCUGGUCUCCACCCGGCAGAAUGCUUUUCCUCCUCCCCCUCCAAUUUUGCAAAUUAAAGAUCUCAUUAGUUUCCGAGUCCCGAUGUCACCUGGAGGAUUUGGAAUCCGCGGGUUUUGCCUCUUUGCUCCUCUCUUCCCUCCCCACCCGCUUGCGUAGCAGGGAGGGGGCAAUCGCCUCUCCUCAGACCCCUCCCACACCCUAUUUCUUAAGGACAAGGGUCCGAGUGGUGUUAAAGCGGCAGGCAGGCAGGCAGGCAGCGGAGCAGGAGCAAAGUGGGACACUUAAGUCCUUGAUGUAGACAGGGGCGCAGGGGGCGCAGGAUGGCCGCGGGAAGAAGGAUGGGAAACGGGCAGCCCAAGGGCACAUUCGUGCUCCUGAAGUCUAGAGCUAGAGAGAAGAGAUACAGGCGGCUGAGCGGCUGGAUCCCAGCCCAGGGCGCCUGCGGAUCUCCGGUGGGAUACCAAAGCCAUUCCGCUGACUAGCUCUUCCUACUGAGAGAUCAGUCCCUGUUCCAGGUAGGGCACUACUCGUAGCCUUUGGCGCACCCGGGUCGACGACUUCAGCUUCGGAGUAAUUUCAGGGUGGGCAUCCAGACAGCUCGCCUUUUUUCAGACGCCGCUCUUUCCCGGCCCGUGUGAUUCUGGAGAAGGGGGGAAGCGGAAAGAACCCGAGGCGGACGGCGUAUUCCUAUUGCAGACAACCGGCGGAUGUGCCGCUGACAGCAGCCAAACAGCCGCGCGACCAGCCCUGCGCGCCACUCGGCCGCCUCGGUGGUGUCAGGGGAAGGAAGAGGACGACUUGAAGGAGUUUGGGGUCGCGCCAGCCCGGGAAGUUGCUGCCAAGCGUGCCGGGCCGGGGGUGCCCGCCCCCUGCGCCCCAGAUCACCUUCCCUCGGAACUCCGGAGAAGCCGAGCCCUGCCUUGGAGCGCAGGGGAUGCAGCCCGCCGCGCCAGUUACCCUCUAAUUUUCUUCUGAUCAUAAAGACAACAACAUGUAGAGUUUUUAAAAAAUUACAUCUGCGAUAAUCCAGAAGACAUCAGCCCUGAUGGAUUUAAUGGAGAGCCAGCUUUAUCAUGAAGCAAACUGAGGCAGUUAGAUGGAUGACAGGGGCUCCUUAAAGGCCAUGGACAGAACAUUGGCAAACACCCUGGUGCUCUCUAUGGUGCUGGGCUGUUCAGCUGCCCUAAUGGAUACUUCGGUGCCAAACUCCAGGGAACCUGUGGUAAACGUGGCUGUGGUUUUCAGUAGCUCUUCAUACUCUCUCCAUAUCCGGAGCCGACUAACAUACCAGAGCUUCCUGGACAUGCCUCUAGAGGUCCAUCCAGUCACCGUGGUGGUCAAUGAUACUAAUCCCAGCACACUCUUGACUCAAAUCUGUGACAUGCUCUCCAGCACAAAAAUCCAUGGAAUUGUCUUUGAGGACAACAUUGGUACAGAAGCCGUGGCACAGAUCCUUGAUUUCAUCUCAUCCCAGACCCAUGUACCUAUCGUUAGUAUCAGUGGAGGAUCUGCUGUAGUCCUUACACCUAAGGAGCCUGGCUCUGCCUUUUUACAGUUGGGUGUCUCUAUUGAACAACAGAUACAAGUGAUCUUCAAAGUCUUGGAGGAAUAUGACUGGAGCUCCUUCGCUGUUAUCACCAGCCUCUAUCCGGGAUAUAGUAUCUUCCUGGAUGUAAUUCGGUCCUUCACUGACACCAGCUACUUUGGUUGGGAGAUCCAGGAUGUCUUGACCUUUGAGAUGUCCCAGGAUGCAAGCACCUCCAAACUGCAGAAGUUGCUGCGCCAAAUAGAUGCUCAAGUAAUGAUUGUCUAUUGUUCACAAGAGGAGGCAGAGUUCCUCUUCCACGUGGUAGAGCAGGCUGGUUUGAUCGGCCCCGGCUAUGUCUGGAUUGUGCCUAGUCUAACAGUGGGGAACAUGGAUGUGCCACCUACGUCUUUCCCUGUUGGCCUCGUCAGUGUGGCCACUGAAAGCUGGAAAAUGAGCCUGAGGCAAAAGGUCCGGGAUGGAGUGGCUAUCCUUGCUAUAGGAGCUGAGAGCUAUUUCAAGACCCACGGCUAUCUCCCCACUGUGGGCAGAGACUGCAAUAGCAAACCCCCUUCUAGUGCGCCAACAAAUACUUUUUAUAGGCACUUACUCAACGUGACAUGGGAAAAAAAGGAUCUCUCCUUCAACAAAGGUGGUUACUUGGUGAAGCCCACCAUGGUGGUGAUUUCGCUGAACCGGCAUCGACUCUGGGAAAUGGUGGGGAAAUGGGAAAAGGGAAUUAUCCGCAUGGAAUAUCCAGUGUGGCCACGCUAUGGAUCCUUCCUGCAGCCCAUGUCAGAUAAUCGCCACCUCACAGUGGCUACCCUUGAAGAAAGACCAUUUGUGAUUGUGGAGAACACAGAUCCAUCCACUGGAGUAUGUGUCCGCAAUACAGUCCCUUGCCGGAAACAGACCAACUCCUCUGUCAGUGGGAAUGAACCUAUGGACCCAUAUACCAAACUUUGCUGCAAAGGUUUUUGCAUUGACAUCCUAAAGAAACUAGCCAAGACUGUGAAGUUCUCCUAUGAUCUCUACCUGGUGACAAAUGGAAAACAUGGUAAAAUAGUGGAUGGUUUAUGGAAUGGCAUGAUUGGUGAGGUAUAUUACAACCGAGCAGAUAUGGCCAUCGGGUCUCUCACCAUCAAUGAGGAACGCUCCCAAAUUAUUGAUUUUUCUGUACCUUUUGUGGAGACAGGCAUUAGUGUCAUGGUAGCCAGAAGCAAUGGGACUGUCUCACCCUCUGCCUUUCUAGAGCCUUACAGCCCAGCUGUGUGGGUGAUGAUGUUUGUGAUGUGUCUCACAGUUGUUGCUAUCACAGUCUUCAUAUUUGAAUAUUUCAGUCCUGUUGGCUACAACCAGAAUUUAACCAGUGGCAAAAAGUCUGGUGGGCCAUCCUUCACUAUUGGCAAGUCGAUCUGGCUACUGUGGGCUCUGGUUUUCAACAAUUCGGUUCCCAUUGAAAAUCCCAAAGGCACUACCAGUAAAAUUAUGGUCCUCAUCUGGGCCUUCUUUGCUGUCAUCUUCUUAGCCAGCUACACUGCAAACUUGGCAGCAUUCAUGAUCCAGGAACAAUAUAUUGAUACCGUCUCCGGGCUGAGUGAUAAGAAGUUCCAAAAACCUCAAGAGCAGUAUCCUCCAUUCCGAUUUGGAACAGUUCCCAAUGGUAGUACAGAAAGAAAUAUCCGGAGCAAUUACCAUGACAUGCAUUCCCACAUGGUAAAAUACAACCAGCGCUCAGUGGAAGACGCCCUUGUCAGCCUCAAAAUGGGAAAGCUGGAUGCUUUUAUCUAUGAUGCUGCAGUGCUCAAUUACAUGGCUGGCAAGGAUGAGGGUUGCAAGCUGGUAACCAUUGGCAGUGGGAAAGUCUUUGCCACCACUGGCUAUGGCAUUGCCCUCCAGAAGGACUCAAAGUGGAAGAGAACAAUUGAUUUAGCUCUCCUGCAGUUCCUGGGAGAUGGUGAAACCCAAAAACUGGAGACUGUGUGGUUGUCUGGUAUCUGCCAAAAUGAAAAGAAUGAAGUAAUGAGCAGUAAGCUGGACAUUGAUAACAUGGCGGGGGUCUUUUACAUGCUGCUGGUGGCAAUGGGGCUGAGCCUGCUUGUCUUUGCUUGGGAACACCUGGUGUUUUGGAAGUUGCGGCAUGCCGUGCCCAAGUCCCACAGACUUGAUUUCCUUCUAGCUAUAAGCAGGGGUAUUUACAGCUGUUUUAAUGGAGUCCAGAACCUGGAAAGCCCUGUUCAUGUUUACAAACCAGAUGUCACUGCUAACUCUGCUCAAGCCAAUGUGCUUAAGAUGCUGCAGGCAGCCAAGAAUAUGGUAUCAACAGCCAGUGUUGAAAACUCACUGGAAAAUGCUACACGCACUAUAGAGAAUUGGUCUAGUAGGAGUGAAAACUUCCAAACAACUUUCUCCUUAAGGACUCCCCAGUUUGUGAUUCAGAACACUAGUGGGUCAAACAGGCCAGCUCAGUCCUCCAACACUACAACAACUGAGAAGCUUGGGAGGAGCUUUCCACCCUUGCUUCUGGCACCUCAGCAAACUGUGGGACCACCCAGUGAAAGCUGUGGAGAGACAAUUGAGCACCCACAGAUUCUUCAUCCACUGAAAUUACGGGGCAACUGCUCUGAAGAUAAGAUUAUUCCAGCUCUUGCUGUGUACCACUCUCCACAGUAUGUGGUAACCACUUCUCAGGCGAAUCUCAGAAAACACAUUGGAAGUUCCCUUAGUGAUGCUCCUCAUUCCCCAAUCAGGACUCUUCAGGAACUUUCUCCACAAAACCACAAGUAUAAGCUCCCCAUGUCCAGAGGCCAUGGGAAACAAAAAUUCCACCAGAAUGAUCACCUGUAUAAAGAAGGCGAGCAAAGCAGUGCAGCCCAGGAGUCAACGCUAGCUUUUCCUUCUGAGAAGAAAAAGACUUUGGAAACCCAUUACUUGCCUCAUCCCUGUAUAUAUAAUUCCUUCCCAAAGGACAACAGAACUUGUAGACCCUUUGCACAUAAAGAAUACGACCCACUAGAGCUGAGGAGAGAAAAAGAGACCUAUACAGCUAGUCUUUCAAGAUCAAUCUUGGAACAGCAUGAACAGUUCCAUUCUCUAGGCCUCUGGAAGCAUCCACCAAAGUGUUCCAGUUCCAGGGAUAUCCUGGACUUCUUCCCCAAAGCUAGCCUGACCCCCAAAGCAAAAGUGCUGCCUGGGAUCCAUCAUGGAGUCCACCACCAUUCUCCUGAUGCCCUUAGGCCAAGCAAUGCAUGCAAUAGGAAAUGUAGGCAGGCCAAUGGUUUAAGUUGGAAGGAGAAACAGCUGCUAUAUUCACAAUCCACGAGGCUCCCAGUCUAUCGAGAGGCCUGUCUACAGAAUGUCUCAGGCGUACACAGGGCUUCUUCAGCUGUAGUGCAGAAGCAAUAUGCCUAUGUGAACUCAUAUCCAAAUCUACCUGUUUAUUGGAGAAGUUUUCAUCCAGGCCCUUCUCACCUAUGUGAACAAUCCAGUGCCUCCCAGCACUGUUUCAGUCAGGCAUCCUGGCCCCCAUGCAGCAGGGAUUUCUUGGUCCAUGCGGAUGGUCAGAGGGCCAUGUACUUUAAUAGCACACAGAGAGACUGCAGAAAUCAGAGCAGGGUUUAUCCAACAUUUAUUCAGAUGGCCAGCACCGAGAGGAGAAAUACGUUGACAACCCCAAGGAUGCACAGCCCUUGUGCAACAAGGUCAUGGAGGCGCGUAUCUAGCCUAGAAUCUGAAGUCUGAUCAUGGAAAAAGGUGGGCGGUGAGUGGGAUGGGAGUGGGAGAGGAUGAUGCUAAGAGUGCCUGCACAUGAUGAAACCACUUCUGUGGGGCACUCUAGAAAUAGACUCGUAUGGGCAACUGACAAACCAUCUGAACUAUCAAUCUCCUUCUCCCUUGUAUACUGGUAUCAAGAAAAAGUCACGGUCUCUUCCGUACGCACAAGAGCAAGUGACCUUUCUCUUUUAUCUCCUGCUGGAAUUAAGAUCAAAGCAACACUAAAACUGCCCAGCUGAAGGCACUUUAAUGACUGCAUCCCAAAGUCUUCCAUUGCUGAGCACUGGAGUACUCAUUUCAUGCAAGAGGCUCCUGGUGGUGAUUCACAACAUGCAGCCUCUGUGUGGAUUGCUUCAGACUGCAUCGAUUCCAGUGUCAAACAUCUACAUCACAGUGCCAGCUAUUUUUCAGAGCAUGCUGUCCAUGACACAGCUGGAAAUGGCCAACAGCAGCCUAAUGAAAAUUAGGACUAUCUUGUUUACCCCUAUGCACUGAUAGAAAUGGAACUAUAUAAAUGAUUAACGGGCAAAUACUAUAUUUGUAGUGUUUUACAUGAACCCUCUGAUUCUCCAUAAGAGUCUCAAAUGCCACAUCUUAAAAUGUAUUAACUUCCCCUUUCUUUUUUCCAUAUAGCUUUUGGUUGCAUUGGCAAAUGUUGUCUUUUACGCUAUCCCUAAAACAGUAAAAAGGCUUUCUUGCCUUUUUUUUAAGAAGUACCGCAUCGUAUAAAAGAUAUUUAAAACUAUAGCUGCUAGGCUGGGCCACAUCAAAUUUGAACUGCUGAGCAAAUACAGGUGACAGAAAAGUAUUAGUGAGAAUAUUAUUCUCUCACUAUGCAGAUUAACAUUCUGGAUUCAUUCAUGCGUCUUUCUUAAUCCCAGAGCAUGACUAAAAAUUCAAAUUCUGGCAGAAAUAUUAGAAGAAGCAGCUGCAUAGAUUCCCGGCUUCAGAAGAGAUAUUCGUAGCAGCCUAGUGAAGGCUCCAGUGUUAAGGGAUCACCAGAGAGGCAUUCAGUAGCCCUGUUGACUGUUUUUAAAAACUAUUUAUGUUAACAGCAAAUGCAGACUGGCUUAUUGGUUUGCAAAUAAAAGAUCACUAACAUACAAGGUUUUUUUUAAAAUACAUUUAGAGAAUUUCAGAAGCAUGCUGAAGCUUAUAGCUGCAAAUUAAAAGACAAAGUUUUGGGAUUUUUUUAAAAAAACAAACAAACAAACAAAGGGAGCCAACAAGAACUCCAGAAUUAAUGGGAUACUGAUGAUAGACACUUUAGCCUAGAGAAAAACAAGCAAACAAACAAAUGAAAGCUAUUUCACUCACAUUGUCUGCAGACAGAAUUGCCAGAUGUGUAUGAAUUGCAAUAAGGAAUGUUAUUUGUUGUUACUAUCUUUUGUUUAGGGAUGGGAAACAUUGUAUCCCUUAGAUCAGCAGCCCCCAACCUUUUGGGCACCAGGGACUGGUUCUGUGCGGAGAGGUUUUUCUGCAGACCGGAUGGAGGCGUGGUUUCAUAUGGGACUUCACUUGUUUGCUUGGCCCAGUUUCCGGCAUGCUGUGGACAGGUGCUGAUUCACAGACUAGGGUUUGGGGACCCCUACCUUAGAUCCUUGUCCCUGUAGGUAAACUGUUCAAGUGGAGGGGGCCAUAAGAAAAAAGGCUUGUCCCCAGGCUCCUACUUGCUGAAACUAUGCAGGUGGAGGCACCCAUUGCAUGCAUAUUCUGCUGGUUAUUAUCAGAUGGGCAUAUGCCACUCAGAGCAGACAGUCCUGCAAGAUAGCCAGUCUGAAGCUAGAUAGGGCUUUGCAGAAGAUAAUCAGCACCUUAAGUUGUCUCAACGGUGCUUUUUCAAAAGGCAAUUAGACUUUGUUUUUCAAACAAAGGAAAAACAAAGUCCAGUUGCCUUUUGAAAAAGCACCUUUGGGACAACUAUGACUUGGAUGACUGAGAACCUCCAUAGACAUUUAGCAUCUUAAAUUGCACUUGGAAGCUGACUGGCUAUCAACAGCACGUCUGCAAUAAUGGUGUUACAUGGCUAAAUCAGGCUUCACUUGUUACACUGUGCAGCUGGAUUUUGAAUCAGCCGUAGCUCCCAAUUGGCUCUCAAGGACAGCCCCAUGUAGAGCGAAUUACAUUAGUCUUGUUAUGAAGUGACAAGAGUAUGAAUUACCUCAGUAAAACCUCUUUUUCCAUGAAAGGCCACAACUAAUGUACCAGCUGAAGCUAUGGACUCUUCUGCCAUGACUUCUACUGUUAUUGCAGCAGGAGUCUUGAGUACAGGAGAACUCCAGGUAGCAAAUUUGCUCUCCACAGGGGAGUACAGGUUUGCCUAAAAUCGAUUGGAUUUUCUUUUUCGGGAAUCAGAAGACUUUAAUUCAGUGUUUCUCAACCUUGACAAUUUUAAGACAUGUGGACUUUAAUUCCCAGAAUUCCACAGCCAGCAAUGCUGGCUGUGGAAUUCUGGGAAU